UAAAGACCAUCAUCCUCCUCGCUCUCUCUUUCUCUUUCUCUUCCACAACAACAACAACAACAGCCACCCACUCCUCUCCUCCUCCCCUCUCCCCAUCUCUUCUUGUUGUUAAACCUACAGUACAGCGGGCAUCACACAACGCACCGCGCCGGCAAACACCCCCCCUCAGCACAUACCUCUUACUCCUCCCAACACACAAACUGCCUCUCUUCGCCCACACCGGCACCAACCCCCUCGCAACCAAUUAUGCUACUCACCUCUCAUCGCAAUCAUCAUCUAUCACCACCACCACCACCACCAGUACCAUCACUCUCAGCUCAACGCUACCAGCACCAGCAGCUUGCUCACGUUCCCGGACGCCAGCUCAACCCCCACGGCGACUAAGCUCCGCCACCACAAACCCUAGCUCUAGCUCUAUCUGCAGCUCUAGCCGACGCACCGGCCCUCCCGCCAUGCAGUUCGCAACCACCCGCACGACGCUCACGCCCCUCGGCCAGCGUCUGCUCGCGCUCUCCCGCGCCAAGCUCUACGCACUCGACGCCGCCCCCGGCGCCCGCGACCCCACCGACGGCCUCCGCCGCGGCCUCCUCGUCCGCCAGGCCAUCCGCUCCGCUUGGGCCUCUCUCGAGACCCCCGCCGCCCACUACGAACUCACCUCGUGGCGCGCACCCUCCCUUGACUCGCUCACAGAGGAGGAUGAGGAGGAGGACGACGACGAGACCGACGCCGAGGCCGACGAGCGCUGGCUCGAGGCCCAGCUCGCCGGACUCGACGACUCGGACGACGAAGAGUUCAUCGAAGACUACACUGUCUCCGCCCCCGUUUACGACGAGUACGAGUUUGAGGCCACCGAGUCGUACACCAUCUCUUACAAUGCCGCCCUCGGUGCUUCGUCCACCGACGUCACUGUUGUCGCUGUUUGUGACAGUGAGGACGAGGACGACGACAUGGUUGACUACUGGCUCGACCCGUCCGUCCACAAGGACGCCGACCUCGCGGUUCUCGCCGAGGGGCUCGAGGUUGUCGCGAAUUCCAAGGUCAGGGACGAGCCGCUCGACGUCGACUUUACCUCUUCAUCGGACAUCUCGGACGUCUCGGACGUCUCGGACGUCUCGGACGUCUCGGACGUCUCGGACAUCUCGUCCUCAACCUCCCCGGACGCCUGGGACAGCGUCGUCUCCUCAUCGAACAUCUCGGACAUGUCCGACGACGACCUCCUCACGCCCCCCGCCUCGCCCAUUUCGGCCGACGCCAUCCUCGCUGUGCUAUCCACGCAUGCCCCACCUCCCGCCGCGAUGCCGAAGCCGGAACCGCAACCGCUUCCGCACGUGGAGCCCCUGCCCCUGCACCUGCCCAUGGCCGCGCCCGCGCCCGCGACCGAUCAUCGCCCAAUCAUCCAAAACGACGCAGGCCUCGCGGACACAGCGUGCGAAUGCGACAGAUUCGGGCUCGUAUGCGACGCGACAUGCGCGCCCCCGCCCCUCGCGGACUGUGAGGACGAGGACGACGACGAGUGCCGCACCCCACCGCUCGUUACGCUCGACUGUGCAGAGGUCGCUGUCGCGAGCGGUUUCGCGUCGUACGACUGGAAAGCGGCAGACCGUAUACGAGAGCCCAAGGUGUUGGGCAAAAGUGGCACAAGUGCGGAAGGGGAGGAGGGCGAGAGAUUCAGUCUGCUUGCGUUGGGGCUGACGUUUGAAUGUUGAAAAGUAUAUUGGGAAUCAAGAAUUUUGUAGUAGGAAUGAACUGG